GUGAAAAGUGGUAAGUUUUUCUCCGGUGUCUCGGAAGUAGCCUCCGUUCACCGUGGGUAGCCAAAAGAAAAAUGGCAGAGACAGUCAGCCAAAAUCUGCUCUGAUUGUCUAGGACGAGAAAAAACGGAUUAAAAUCUCAUAAUUCAAGACUAUUGGCAAAGUUUUGCGUUUAUUGUGCGAGAAGCGACGGUUUGCUCUGCGGUGCGAGAAAAUAGCAACCCCUUUUUUGAGACUUAUUUGUCGUUCAUUCUUUACUGGGGUGGGACGAUGCUGUGUGGUGGAAUGGUCGUUGCAAAUCUUGGAUAGCUCACAAGAAAAACGAAGACAGCAAGAAAUUGGAGGGAUUUGUUUGAAUCUGGGUGCAAUCGUGUGUGAAGUAAAACGAAUGAAAAUAAAGUUGCCACGGUGGAAAAGAAUUGUCUGAAGUCUGAAGUGCGGUGAAUGGAAGGGUUUCGACCCGGCUCAAGAAACGUGGGAGGUGGGUGGUGGUAGACGUGACCCACUAAGCGGGUUUGUGUUUUCUUGGUUUUGGACAUAAAAAUAAUAUGAAGAUAUAGGGAAAGGUUGUUGAAUGUGAAAACAGUAGAUUGAGGAUAAAUGUGUUUUUGGAAAAGCGGUGGCAAAAAAAAACAUCUCAGAAAAUCACCAGUUUGUACAGAGCCUAGCAGUAAAAACAAGAUAAAGUUUCGGAACCAAUUUCUUCAAAUAGCAGUGAAUGUGUAUUGAAUGUAUAAUUACUUUCCGCUGAUUCUCAAUUGAACUCCACAACGGGUGGAAAAGUGAAAAACCAUAGCAAAAGUUUUUCUUGCCGCAGUGAAGGGCAAAAAAAAAGGAUUCUGGAGCGAAAAGUUUGCAAUCAUUGCGGCAGACAAGAAAUGCAUUUUUAAUUAACUCUCAUUUUGGAUUUUUGCUGGUGGUGUUACUAGAACUACACGGAAUGGCUGCUGCUGGCCCGCUACGUUGAUGAUAGUGCGAUGAUGGUGAUUGUGAUGAUGCAUUCAAAUGUGUUGGUGCAAUAGACAGCCUAGAGUGCAGCGGUUGCAGCUUCCGAACGGGAGAAAGCAGGAUUAUCGCUCAACUGACUUCAUCAACAUAACGAAAGUUAAGCCAAAUCUCCUCCCGUUCGUGUUGCUUACGAUGCCAGCGACAUCGGUUCAACUGUGAAAAAGAGUUCUCGUCCUCACUCUUCUAGUGAAUCGUAGAAGUUCACUAACGGGACUGCCAAAGUGUGAAAUAAUUAAUGGUGUGAAUGUAUAUAGUAGUGAUCCGAAAGUCGUAGCCGUGAAUUGGAAAAGUUACUGGAACUGACGGUUGAUAAUUGAAAACCAAAUUAAGACGGAGACUUACCGACCUGAGAUCAUAUUUUUAAGUGCAGAAAAAGUUUUAGAAUCUUAAUUAAGUGACUUGAGCGAAGCUGUAAUUAGUGGCUUUUGUGUUAAAGUGUUGAAAUGUGGACGAUGUGCAAUGAAAAUCUAAUGAGCACUAAUAUGUCAUGCGGUAAUUUCUGCACGAAGCAGUAAUAGCUGCUGGUUUCCAUCAUUGUUGUUCAUCAUAUGAAUUUAACGGAGCUGCAUAAUAAUGGAUGUACACGGCCUUCUGAAGGCUGUAUGCUUGCUGUACAUUCUCAAAGGCGUCAUUCUGCUGGAUCUCCAGGGACCGAUGUUUCUCAGUGAACCACAGCACCGAGUGGAGUUUUCGAAUAACACAGGAGGUCACAUCGAGUGCUCGGGUCAUGGGAGUCCCCCACCGGACGUGGAAUGGUCGGUAGCGACAACUAACCACGAGCUGGUGUACUCGUCACCGAACGGAAGUCUGAUUUUUUACCCCUUCUCGGCGGACAAAUUUCGUCACGAGAUUCACUCCACAGUGUAUAGAUGUAAAUUAAAAAACUUAGUCGGUACUAUUUUAAGUCGCGAAGUGCACGUAAAAGGAGUCGUUAAUCAGAAGUAUAAUGUACAAGUACAUGACGAAUAUGUCAUGACGGGAAAUACUGCGGUCCUGAAAUGUCAGGUUCCCAGCUAUAUCCAGGACUAUGUAGUAGUAACGGCCUGGGUACAAGAUACCGGUGUGCAUCUGUACCCGAACACCGACAUCGGUGGCAAGUAUAUCGUGCUAUCGAACGGCGAUCUGUACAUCAACAACGCUGGACCAAGUGAUGCGUACAAAACGUAUUCUUGCAGAACUGUAAAUAGAUUAACAGAGGAAAUUCAAAUUUCAACAUAUCCAGGUAGAGUGAUAGUGACUGAGCCGAAAGGACUAGUACAACCUAGAAUUAAUGUAGAAAAACAUUCGCUCAAGCACGUAGUUGUGAAUGCACAUGUGACGUUGCCUUGUGUGGCCCAAGGUCAUCCAGUGCCAACAUACCGCUGGUUCAAGGAGGUAAAGGAUCAAAUCAUUCCCCUGCAAUUGAACGAACGAAUCAGCAUAGUCUCGGCAGGGCUGCUCAAAAUUUCCAAAUCCCGCCUAGAGGACAGCGGGAAGUACCUUUGCUGGGUGAACAACACGGCCGGCGAAGAGACAAUCCAGGUGACGUUGACCGUUACCGCACCAUUAUCAGCACACCUGCAGCCACAAGUACAAACCGUAGAUGUUAGUAAAGAUGCUCAGUUUCAGUGUAUUAUUUCGGGAUUUCCUGCCCACGAAGUCCUGUGGAUGCACAACGGGAAGCCAAUCGUACGCGAUAGUCGGAUAGAGAUCUACACCGACACACCCCGAAUCGUUAUCAAAAAUGUACAGAAGGAAGACCAGGGCAUGUACCAGUGCUUUGUGUCCAAUGAAUGGGAGCAGAUACAAUCCACCGCAGAGCUACAAUUAGGAGAUGCCACACCGGAACUACUAUAUUGGUUUUCCGAACAAACUCUCCAGCCAGGACCGACCGUUUCGUUAAAGUGCGUUGGGACUGGAAACCCACCACCGCAAUUCACCUGGAAGCUGGAUGGUUUUCCGAUUCCGGAUAAUUCCCGCUUCGUUGUGGGCCAAUACGUAACAAUACACGACGACGUAAUCAGCCAUGUAAAUAUUUCCAACGUCAAGGAAGAGGAUGGUGGAGAGUACACCUGUGUGGCUCAGAAUAGCAUAGGAAAAGUAUCGCACAAUGCCAAAGUGAAUGUCUACGGUAUUCCAUACAUACGUGAAAUGCCUAAAAUUACCGGCGUAUCCGGAAGCAACCUGGUGGUGAAAUGUCCAGUGGCGGGAUAUCCUAUCGAUAAGAUACACUGGGAACGUGACGGUCAAACACUGCCCAUAAAUCGUCGCCAGCGAGCGUACAACAAUGGAACGCUAAUCAUCGAACAACUACAACGGGCGGAAGACGCCGGAACGUACACGUGUAUGGCGCAGAAUAAACAGAAACAAACGGCUCGGCGGAAUGUCGAGAUACAAGUUAUAGUGCCUCCAAAGAUCAUGCCCAUUCAAGCCAUGACCAACAUGCUGCGUGAAGGGAUGCGGGCUGCCAUAUCGUGCCAAAUACUGGAAGGUGAUCUUCCCGUGACCUUUCGCUGGGAACGGAACGGAAAACCAAUUCUUGGCACCGGUAACGAAGUUAUACGAAGGUUAGAUGAAUACUCAGCCAGUCUAGUAAUUGAACAUAUCACAUCGGAAUAUUCGGGAAAUUAUACUUGCAUUGCUACUAAUGUUGCUGGAAGUGAGAGUUUCACCGUCCCACUGACUGUAAAUGUACCGCCAAAAUGGAUUUUGGAACCUAAGGAUUCAAGUGCACAAGCGGGUCAGGAUAUUGCUUUGCACUGCCAGGCUGGUGGUCAUCCAAAGCCGACAAUUGCGUGGAAGAAAGCGAUUGGUAACACUCCUGGAGAGUAUAAGGAUUUUUUAUACGAACCAAAUGUGUCGCUGCAUUCGAACGGAACGUUGGAAUUUCGAAAGAUCACCAAAGAAUCACAAGGACAUUUUUUAUGUGAAGCUAAAAAUUCAAUCGGAACCGGAGUUAGCAAAGUAAUUUUUCUCAAAGUUAAUGUACCUGCUCAUUUCAAUACGAAAAGUAAACAGAUUACAUCACCACGAAACAAGCAAAUCCAUAUCCAGUGCAAUGUACAAGGCGAUAAUCCCAUCGACAUCAAGUGGAAACUGCAAAACUCGCAACAACACAUCGAUGAGUCAUUAGAUAACCGAUACAACAUUCGUGAACAGGUCCUGGAUGAUGGGAUGGUGUCCGAACUGGGAAUCUCCCACACUUACCGCCAGGACACGGGAGUGUAUGUUUGCCAUGCAACGAAUGCUUUUGGUCACGACGAAAUGUCGAUCCAGUUGGUGAUUCAAGAAGUUCCUGAGCCUCCCAAGAAUCUUCGGAUAAACUCACAGCAAUCACGAACGCUCCAACUUUCGUGGAGCCAACCAUUUGCCGGGAAUAGCCCAAUCGAAAAAUACAACGUCGAGUAUAAGCUCACUACCGAUCUGUGGCAAUCGGUCGAACACAUAACUGUAGCGGGGACCCAAACAGUCAUCACCCUGCAAAACCUUAAACCAGCGAAAGCAUAUCAUAUUCGGAUAUCGGCCGAGAACAAACUUGGUGCAUCCGAAUACUCGGAAGUGAUUCAAGUGACAACCUUAGAAGAAGUGCCUUCUGGUCCACCAUUGAACAUCAAGGGUGAAUCGAAAAGUUCCACCGAAAUAUUUCUCUCGUGGGAAGCUCCAGAUCGAGAACAGUGGAAUGGGAAUCUACUGGGUUACUACGUAGGAUACCAAGAAGCAUCAGGGCCUAACGAUAAGGAUAUCAAACCAACACAAGGCUAUAAUUUUAAAACUGUUGAAGUAAGGACACAUUUCGGUGGGGAAACCACACUCACUAACCUGAACAAGUGCACUCAAUACAACAUCGUGGUACAAGCCUAUACAAGCCAAGGCAGUGGACCGCCCAGUAAAGAGAUUUCGAUGAAUACACUUGAGGACGUGCCUUCGACUCCUCCUGAUAGUCCCAAAUGUGAUGUGCUGAGUUCAACUUCCAUCUACAUCACAUGGUCCCCACCAGCACCGGAAGGACAAAACGGUAAAAUUAAAGGCUACAAAGUGUCGUACAUCGAAAUCGAGGAUCUGUUUGAAAAAGAACCUUACGUCACGAAAACCAACAACCAGUACAUGACUUUGGAGAAUUUGAAAAAGUUUACCAACUACACUUUCUGGGUGUUGGCAUUUACAAAAGUUGGUGAUGGUGUGCGUACAACGUCCUUCUUCUGUACAACUCACGAAGACGUUCCCACUGCUCCCAAAGCUAUCAAAGCUGUUCCAGCAUCCAGCACGAAAAUAUUAAUUUCAUGGCUACCUCCAUCGAAUAAAAAUGGCAUCAUCACCGGCUAUACGUUCUAUAUGUCCCUGGUAGAUGGAGGUCGAGACGAAGGAACUCACAAAAGAUCGCUGGUACCAUACGCAGAGAUACAUGAAACGGUUCGGUUACAAGAACAUGCAACUUAUCAAUUCUGGCUAACAGCAUCCACAAAGGUAGGCGAAGGGGAAAAAUCGGAAGUGAUCACAGUUCCUCCGAAUAACAAAGUUCCUGCCAGGAUAGUGUCCUUUAGCCAGGAAAUUGUAACACCAUGGAAGGAAACACUAGUUUUGCCAUGUAGGAAGGUUGGUGUUCCUGCGCCGGUUACAAUCUGGCGCCAGGACGACCAACCCAUGGAAACGGGAACGAGAAAACUGAUUGCAAAGAACGGAACCCUAUACAUCAAAGAUUGUCAGCAUUCAGAUGCAGGAAAUUACACUUGCAACGUGGAAAACAACUGGGGCCGAGAUGAAAUAGUGUAUCACAUUAAAAUCAAGGUUCCCCCAGAUCCACCAAGCCUAUCGGUUAUCAAUACAUACACGGAUAGUUUGCUGCUCGAGUGGCUGGACAAUCGUAACGGAGGCUCUCCAAUCUUGGGUUACGUGAUAAAUUACAAACGGGAACAUGGCGAUUGGGAAGAAAUACAAAUAGAUUCCAAAACUAACACGCACCUGUUGGUGAAUUUAUGGUGCGGUACAAAAUACCAGCUGUACAUUACCGCCUACAACAAAAUCGGAACUGGUCUUCCAUGCGACAUUGUACAUUCACAGACGAAAGGAUUAUCUCCCGUGCAGCCAAAGCACUCUCAAAUGAUAACCAACAACUCAACUAGCGUGACCUGUUGGCUGGAUUCCUGGGGCGAUGGAGGUUGUGGAAUUUCUCAUUUCACCGUUGAAAAUCGGAUAUAUGGUCGAUCCCAGUGGAACAUGAUUUCAAAUCACGUUGAAGCAACGGAACGAAUUUUUACGGUGUCGGAUUUACAGCCGGCCACCAAAUACCAGCUCCGAGUAACAGCCUACAAUAAUGCCGGUCCAACAAUGGCGGUUUACAAUUACACUACACUUACCGCUGCUGGAGUGAUGGUUCAUCCCGAUUUGACUAAUCCAGUUUCGCCUCACUUGGGAGAUAAUCCCUUCUAUGCAAAUUUCAAGGUUCUAGUGCCUCUUUGUCUAUCGAUUCUGAUUCUGUUUGCACUGAUAGCAGCCGCUCUACUCAUCCGGAAAAGAAAGCUAAAUAACCAGAACCGAAUCCCGUCGACGUCGAUGUCUGAGUCACCGUCGAUUGCCAACAUCCAAAAUAAGCAAAACCGAGACCAGCAGUAUCUGGCGGUGCGUGCUCAGCAAAACAGCCGCAACAGUAACUCUGUGGAUUCCGGUAGCUUCAAAGCCGAAGGAAAUGAAUACAUUGAAGACAUUUGUCCGUAUGCAACAUUUCAGCUGAACAAGCAAACGUACAGCGAAAGUUCAUAUAGUGGAAAUGUUUAUAGUGGACCUUAUCACUCGGUAAGAGGUUCAUUUGUGUAUCAUGAUGUAAAAACCGAAAACUAUCAUAACAAAGAACCUGAAUAUACAAAAGUACGCAGAAAGGGCGGAUCUCGUCUGAGGGAUCCUGCCACCUCGGAGCCGAUAGAUAUAAAUCAAUUUAUAGAAUCUGACAAUCCCGGAUCCACAGAUUCCGAAGUUAGGAAGAUACUAACACUUCAUAUACCGAUUACAGAAUAUGAUACGCUUGGUUCCGAGUCCGACAACGACAUGGCCUCGCGUUCAAACCAGUCCAACUACCGACACCAUAGAGACACUCAAGACGAAACUUCAUCGUCUUCUGAAAACUCACCCUCUAGUAUAUCUAGAAAGUCGAAACCACCGUACCCGCCACGAAAGUCGGCGAAAUCAUCACAGAACCUGGCGAAGCGACACGUCAGGAGUUCGAGCGGCUACUCGAGCCACAACGAGGAAACAACGUUUAGUAUAUCUAAUUAUCCAAAUUAUUCCGAUCAUAUAACACCACCAGCCAGGUUCUCCGAUAUGCUUGGACGGGACGCCACGUUGGCCGUCUCGUCCGUGAAUCCCUCCGGGCUGGUGGGCAGUGCCAGCGAGCUCACUAGUACGAAAAAGUCGAGCAAUCACUCGCCACGACCACGUGCCAAUCAGAAGCUUCAACGAGAAGCAUUCCAAAUCAAUGUGUGAAGGGAUUGUUACAGCGAUUUUCUGGAUUUUUAGGAGCACUCAUCUCAUCAAUCGCCAUCAAACACACGUAUGCACAUGACACAACUAUGCAGUCACUCAUCAUAUCCAUCAACAACUCAUUCACCGCAGGGCAAGUGAAAAUUUUUGAAAAACAAAAUCGAACAUUCACCACCGAAAUCGCUGGGUGGAUUGAUCCUACAGAAAUCGAUCGAUUGCUCUGUUAUGUUGUUUCGUUACCUACAUAUUUGAUUGUCCGAUUUCUUACUCACUAAAGCAAUCCAUCAUCGGUAGAACGUGAAGAAAAAGUGAGAAAACAAAGAUUGUUAUUGAGUAACAUAGACUAAACUAGAUAGUUAUUUGAUACGAAAAUUUAUCAAAGAGUGAAAAUGGGCAACAUUCGCCCGGUAAGCAUAAAACAUUAGGAUGUGUACUUUGGGUUAGACAUUUUAUAACGAGGAAAUAUGUUAACGUCAGUAGUUAUCUCUGUUGGAAGCAGUUGAAUGAACAUUGCUUUCCCGUUUUGGACAAGUCUGUCACUAUGUUUAGGUUUCAACAAUUAGCAUCUAUGGUAGUUAGUGCUUUUUCGUUAAAUUCAUCGUUACUCAUCGAUUUGAAACAUUUGUUGGAAACUCAGAAACACCCAGUAUUGGAACUACGUGAGCUUUAUUUAUAUAUGCAAGCAAUUCUUAUUUCACAGUAGUGACAAGUACAAUAAGCCUAGAACGUACCGAAUCAUGUUGACGGAGGAGAUCGAUUGAUUUUAUAGUGAAUUUAUUUAGUUAACUACACACGACUGACUGAGUGUUAUCACGCGACUGUUGCGGUCUUAGGGGAUAUAUGUAAAUAAAUAUGAAAGAAAACACGAGAAAACGAAUUAGGAUAUUAUUUUCAUGAAUUGCAUCGAUAUGAUCGAUCGUUCUCGGGGCCGUGAGGUCGAUAGCUGUUAAUAAAUGUGUAAAAAUGAUGAAAGAUAGUAGAUAAUACGAAAAUAAAUGAAACAAUCUAGCCAAAACGGAACCCCAACAAAGCAAAACAAGAUUCUUCCUAUCUCCCGUUGUACAUACGAACCAAACAAAGAAACAAAUAAACACACAAAACGAAAGCAUCAACCGAAAAAAAGUAAACAUUCUGCAAAGGUGAGUGAAAUUAAUGGUUCUUGUUUAAAAGUCGUUUUUAAAGCGCCAGUAAAUAAAAAACAGGUUUAAUGGUAUCACUGAUAAACGAGCCUAACUUCAAACGUCUGACGAUUUGGUUCCAUUAAUUGUGCCUUUUUCACUUUCAUUGGAUUAACAU